AGCCAGUCAAUGGACGGUCCUUUGCCGCAACGGGGCACAAAACGCAAAGCAAAGCCAUGGAAGCGCCAAGAAUACGAGGAGGUAUCAUUGCCAGGGACGGACCAACAGGGGACACACCCAACUGUGUUGCAUGUGAGGUGGGCGAUUGAUGAAUCGAGACGCCAGUAAAAAGUAGUAGCGGAGUAAUUGGGUGCGGGGGAAGGUAUUGUAGAUGGGGAAUCUAGGAUCUGAUCAUAUGGUGAGAGAGGCGAGGCGAGAGAGGAUGCUGCUUGCUUGCUUUCUCCGAUUAGAAAUUCAUCACGCCAGAGAACAAGAGAGCAUGAAGCUGUCGCAGGCGUCUGAUGCGGAGGCGGCGCAUUGAGGCCGACUAAUAUUGGGUUUCCACCAUCUGGCCAUCUUUGCUAAUCUAACUGUAGCAUCUCUCUCGCUCUCUCUCCAUCGCUUUCACUAUCUGUGCGUCGGGGUGGUGCUCACUGCACUGGAAUUUGCCAACAGGUUGUACAGGACAACGUCGCGACCGCCCGCCUUCUUUUGGAAUGAUUCGGGGUUUUGGUCUUGGCUUUUUUUUUUUUUUUUCUUUUUCUUCCGUUCUAUUCUAUUUUCUGGAAAAUCGGUGCCCUGAAGUAGAUGUGUGAUACAAUUGUGCUGGGUGCCUGGGGAGACUCUCUCGCUAAGCCAGACGAUCGAGCUAGGUGGCUAACUUAGUGGGACAGUACUGUGAGGCAUGAGCGUCUUUUCGGGAGAGAUGGGUGGGAUCUGGUCUUCUUCGGUUCUGUCGAGGUUUAAGACGAAUCUGGUGCAUUGAGGUGCUCGUUUUGCAAAUCUUUGUGCGGGUGCUGGUGCCGGUGAUGGGAGUGGUUGAGGUUUUACUAGUUCAGAGCGGAGGCUCGAGUGUCUGGCUGCUGAGGUUUGAGACGAACCCCGUGGAUUGUGAGGGAAGAGGAGUUGGAUGGAUUCGACUUCUGCCAUCAACCGGGGUGACGUCGCAAGUGGGGCGGUAGUGCGUUACUCCUGUAUGAGGAUUGGUUUUCAUCGGCAGCCGUGUCUGGUUUGAUCUACGUGAUUCCUCAAUGGGGUUUGAUGAUUUUCUAGCCCAUAAUUAAAUCCUUGCCACGAUCAGAAGUUAUUUCAGUAUCGCUCUCCAGCGCUACUCGAGGCUAAGUUAAAUCAGAAGUUCAAUUCUUUUCACAGGGAUUAAAGGAACUCACCAAAGGAUUGUAGCUGAACACAAAACACAGAUCUAGGGGUAGAUUAGAAGCCCUCUCAUUCUCAAGUUGUGGGAGUUAAGCUGCAUCAGGCGACACUGAAGAUCGACCCUUUUGAUGAAGUGUUGAUCUCUUAAGAUAAAAUUGAGGAGAAUGAACCGAUUUUCGCGGUAGACUCCAAUCGUUGGAAUUCACGAGCAGCAAGAGAGGCUUCUUCCAACUGGAAAAAUAUGGGAUGAGAUUUCUUAAUAAAUCCAACUGAUGUAUCGGUUGCGUGCGCUGCAUCACUUGUCAGGAGUACCGGUAGUUGCGAAUAUUGUCGGAUCAUCAUGUCAGAGGAAGAAUUUAUAUCGAUUAUCGAUUCGGGGAUAGAGUACACUGGCGUGUCUUCAUUUAGAAUACCGCUCUCGAGCACUCCAUCUCCGCGGACUCCAGCUACACAGCUCCCUCCACCCUCGCCCUAUUCCUCUCAGACGAAACGACCCCCCACCACCCCGUCGAAGCUGCGCUCCGACAGCUUCUCAUCGGGUGACAGGAAAGGUGUGAUUGCAGAUGGCAGAGACUCUACACCGCGGGUUCUAAUCUCGCACUCGAAGUCACAUACCUAUCCUGGAAACAUCAAUUUUACGCUAGAUGGUUCAUCGACUCCAAGUCCUUGGAGAUCGGGACUCUGGAGUGGAGGAAAUGGCGCAAAUCCUGGAGCACCCGUAAAAAAGGUUAUUUUAGUCGACCCCCCGAUUAAUGGACAAUCCCUACAUUAUUCUUCGACGCCAAGUACGUGGAAAGAGGUGCGAACCGGGGAAGCUGGAAAUUCUGGAGCUCCUGUGAAGCAGCCCGUGUCAGUCGAAUAUCGUUUGAGCAAUGGCCAUGGUGAUAAAUCUUCUCCAGCGUCGAAAGCUGCGCCUAUUCGGCAUCUUUCAUUCUCUAGGUGUUCGUUCAAGCAGGUGUCUGUUGACAUUCGAAAGCUUAGAGAGCUAGCGAGACAGGGAUCUUGGAAGAGAAUUAUCGAACGAGUGAAGGAAGCUCAAAGACAAGGAUUACUUUCAACGCCGGACCAAGAGAUUGCGUACGGGACUUACCACCUUCUGGCUCUGAUGAAGCUUCAGGAGUACCGCGCCGCGGCACAUGAAAUUGCAGCCUUUGGUGAUUUGAACUCUCCACAGUACAGAUUCGAGAACCACCCAGAGUUGUAUCCUGAAAAAUCAGGGUCAAUGGUGCCAUGGUCAUUACGGUGUAUGCACGCCGAGCUUCCCCACCGAAUGGGAAAGACUGAAGAAACUCUGCAUCGUCUAUACAAGCUUCUCAAUCACUGUGACGCUCAGAUAGACGCUCUGCAAGUUGAAUAUUCUCGAGACACUAGACCACCCAAUUCCCCACAAGCGCUUGAGAGCAACGGCAGUUCCAAUGGCGAUGAGCGAAAUGGGUACUCUUCGGCUGCUUCCGAGAAUGAAAUCUUAGGGCGAGUAAUGGCGACAUGGCAGGAGCGAAGGGAGGUCGUGUGCUUCUCUAUAGUGGGUCAUCACUUGCAUCAGCAGCAGUUCGUAGUGGCGCUACAAUGGUUGAAUAAUCUCAUGGCCAAGUCGCCGACAGAUCCUUACUUGCAAACCAAGGCCGCUCUGAUACAGCUCCAAUUAGGUGACGUCCUUGGAGCACAGAAGACAUUCGCCGCCGUCGAGGCAUUGGUAUCGUCUUCUCCAGGAUCCCCUGAUUUGACGAACUUGUUAGGUCGAAAUAGGGGAGUAUUAUAUGUGGCUCUGGGUGAGUUUCUAAAGGCUAUUGAAGAAUUCGACAUCGUCUUGUCGAGAAACCCGGACGAUAUCGUGUCUGCCAACAAUAAGGCGCUGUGUCUGCUGUACAACCGGCAGCUGGAGGACGCAGCUGAUACCCUCGAGAACGCCAUUUUCAACGGCCCGAAAUGGCUACUGAAUGAGGCUGUUGUGGCGAAUGUCUGCAGCAUGUACGACGUGGUGUCGUUCAGCAGCGCGGCUGCAAAGCGAAGCUUGAGAACAUGGGUAAUGGACAACGGGCCAGACGACUUUGAACCGUCGUCUUUCCGGUUGUAGCAACAACACACAUUCUCAUGACGGAACGACUCAACCUCUCAAAGCCAUUUUUUCGCCCACACGACCCACCCUCCAAAAACGCAGAGACUGGUGGAAUCACUGGCAAUGUGACAUUCUAACGCAGCAACUCAUCAUCGCAGCCAAGCCCCUCCCUACAUAGCGCAACAAUCUCGAUCUCACCUUGAACCCUAACAACGACUACAGAGAUUAUUUUUGGCUUCGCUCUGUUCUCGCUUCAUAUGGUGCAUUAACACACUCGGCAGAUCUCUCGCUCUAGUCUCUCGCUCUAGUUCGUGAGGAAGCUGGGCGUCUCUGCUUCGAUCGAUACGCCUCGUGAUUGAUCGUCAGUGUGAAGGAGAGAGAUGCGAGCUCCGAUCCUUCGCUACAACCAAAAUUUCAGUCUCGUGUGGGCUCUUCUUCAGCACCUCUCACCGACACCGGCAGCAGCCUGUAGGGUGGUCGGUCGGUACUGGGCAAGCAGGCUGGUAGGUAGCCACGCUGGCAAGUUGGCACGUCUGUUGGUAGGUGGGUAGGUUGGUAGGUACCACACGCACUUACAGUCCACUGGGGAUGGAUGAAAGGGGGCUAGAAAGUUGCUGAUGUACUUUUUCAGACAUGGAGGAUUUGGGGAUUAGUCCAACCAACUUUCACUUUAUUUUAUUUGAAGGGGAAAAAGUUGAUUUUA